GAUGCACCAUGGUUGUGGUCAUUGUAAACAAUUAGCACCAGAAUAUGCGAGUGCAGCCCAGCAUUUAGCUCAAAAUGAAUUAUCAGUUAAAUUGGGCAAAGUAGAUGCUACUAUUGAGAGGGACUUAGCUGAACAGUUUGGUAUCCGAGCAUAUCCAACUUUAAAGUUCUUUAAAAAUGGAAAACCAAUUGACUACACAGGCGGCCAAACCAAGGAUGAAAUUAUUCAAUGGGUAACAAUGAAGUCUGACCCAACUAAAAAAGUUUUGAAAUCAGAAGAAGAAUUGUAAUCAUUCAUUAAAAG